AUGAAUAAUUCAUCAAACUCUAAUUCUAGAUAAUCUGCUCAAAACAUCAUCAACAAAUACGAACAAAAUAAUAAUGAGGAUAGAUUCACAUUUUAAGUCAGACCCAAUUCACCCAGAGAGACUUUUGGGAAACAAACAUAAGCCAGGAAUAGCCAAGUUCAAAUCCUCAGAGAAAUUGAUUAGGCCAAUCUUUCCAAGAUGCUAAGUGACUUCUCCAUUGUAUCAGAAUAAGAAGAAUCCAUCUGCCAAAAUCAAUUCAACAAUCCCAUUGGAAUAGGUACCUUUCUAUCUCCAUCCUUAGUUUAACCUACCCAAGUGAUCCAAUAAAAACAAUAAGAGCAAGUCUAAGAUAAUCAGAGUUAUCGUGGAACCUUUGGCAAGAAUCCAUUCUUUUAACCUAAAUCAGAAGUUACCGAAAUCAUCGAAAAAAGUUAUUUAGAAGAAGAACUAUACGAUGACAUGUCCGUUUUAAAAGACAAAGUCAUGGGAUUGCUCUAGGCCUAUGCAGACGAUCUAAGAAAAUCAAAUAAUGAUCCUAAUAUCAAAUCUAAAAUCCAAGUUGAUGCUAAACAAGUCUUAAAAGAGUAUUCCUAAAUCAUUGAGAAAGUUAAUCAAUCUGAAAUUUCCUAAUUAAAUGUUUCCCAAAAUCCAGUCAAAAAAGUAUGAUUAUCUCCUUUACAAUAAUUAAGGAACAAGAAUUAAACUUGAUGUCCAAUUUGGUGACGGAAUUCUUGAACAAAUUUGAUAUGCAAAAACAACCAGUCCUUAAUGUCUCAUAGGUUUUAGAAUAAAAAUUAGCCAAAUCUAGAGUCAGAUCAUCUAAUCAAUAAUUAGACCUCACUGUUAUGCAUUAAAUUCCCUGUGAUGAAACAUUCUAUCAACAUGAUUAAUAUAAUGAUGAUAAGUUGGAGGGAAAAAUUCAAAAACUUAGGCAAAUGCUCUAAGAUGAACUUGAUAAGCAAUAACUAGUUUAUUCCAAAAAAAUAUUAUCAGAUAUGAUUUCAAAUUUGAAUUAAAUCUUAAUUGCAAAUGAUACUCAAACUGUUAAAACUAUCGUUUAUAAAAUAGAGAAUAUGAUUAAGUAAUUGCCAUAAGAGGAUUGCGGAUCAAUCUAACUCUAUGAUUAUAUGUCAAAAGCAAUGAAAGCUACCAAAAGAAGAAUGAAAUAAAUGGAUCCAUAAAAUCAACAAUAAGAAAAAACCCUUAAAAGAAAGUUUUUCGAUCUUGCCACCCAGUUAAAAAAUAAAUUACCCUAAGAUCAUCCUGGUAGAAAUGAAAUGAUAUCAGUUCUUUAUGAUCUAUAUUGCUAGGCCAACAAACCGGUAGAAAUGGAGGACUUUAUUAUAAAUCAAUUGAAUUUAGUAAAAUGA